AUGACGAGCGCUCUGCCCGCCGCUUGGCCGGUGAGGACCUGUCCCUGCCAGGCCGGGAGCGAUGGCUGGGCCGGGGGCGGGUGGGAACGGAUGGGAGGCGCAGGGGCACAGCCCUGGCCACGAGGGCAAGCUAGGAUUUGUACCAGUGAGCUAGCGGUAGCCUCCCUUUCGGGGCCUGUCCCCUCUAGCAAAUCCCCGGGUUCAGCUCGUGCCCGUGGCCAGGUUGGGGCUGCUGCUUCCCUUGGCUCGUGCCGAAAUCUGCCCGGGCAGAGCAGGUGCUGCUGUCGCUCCCGCGCGCCCGCCCUCGCUGCCGCUGUUCCCAAUGACUCGCUAUCAUCGGGAACACCGUCGCCUCUCCGAUUAGUCCCUGCCGUUAGUUGCGAUGGAAUUGUCAGGGAGAGCAGCCCUUUCAUCAACGAUGCUGAGACGGACAGAGGAAACUCAUAUGAAGGGAAGAAUAUGGCUCUCUUUGAGGAGGAAAUGGAUAGCAACCCCAUGGUAUCAUCUCUUCUUAAUAAACUGGCAAACUACACUAAUCUGACUCAAGGUGUGGUGGAACAUGAAGCAGAUGAAGACAGCAAACGAAAGGAAAUCAAGGUCCCACGUAUGGGCACUUUCAUUGGGGUGUACCUGCCCUGCCUGCAGAACAUCCUUGGAGUCAUCCUUUUCUUGCGCCUCACGUGGAUUGUGGGCACAGCUGGAGUUCUCGAGUCAUUCAUCAUCGUGUUCAUGUGUUGUGCUUGUACUAUGCUAACCGCAAUUUCCAUGAGUGCAAUAGCAACAAAUGGUGUAGUUCCAGCUGGAGGCUCUUACUACAUGAUUUCAAGAUCUUUAGGACCAGAGUUUGGUGGAGCAGUGGGACUUUGUUUCUACUUGGGUACAACGUUUGCAGGUGCAAUGUACAUUCUCGGCACCAUUGAAAUUCUAUUGAAGUACAUCUCGCCCAGUGCUGCUAUAUUUAAAGCUGAAGAGGUCAGUGAUGAACCUGCGGCUAUGCUGAACAACAUGAGAGUUUAUGGAACGUGCAUCAUCAUUCUGAUGGCCAUCGUGGUCUUUGUAGGAGUCAAGUAUGUCAACAAACUUGCCCUGGUCUUCCUUGCCUGUGUCAUUCUCUCCAUCAUUGCCAUAUAUGCAGGAGUUAUUAAGACUGCUUUUGACCCGCCUGAUUUUCCUAUCUGUCUUCUUGGGAACCGUACCCUGUCAAAAAACAACUUUGAUGUCUGUGCCAAGUUUAUUGAAAGCAAUAAUGAAACAAAGACUACGAGGCUGUGGCGUCUCUUCUGUGAUAGCUCAUUGCUCAAUGCCACAUGUGAUGACUACUUUGUUCUCAACAACGUGACAGAAAUUCAAGGGAUUCCAGGAGUAACGAGUGGAGUUCUCAUUGAUAACCUGUGGAGUGCCUAUUCAGAAAUGGGCUCAAUAGUUGAGAAAAAAGGUCAGCCAUCAGUUGCUGGAACAGAAGACGCAAAAGUUCUCGGACUCCCAUAUGUUUUUACAGACAUCAUGACCUACUUCACAAUGCUGGUGGGGAUUUAUUUCCCAUCUGUGACAGGUAUUAUGGCAGGUUCAAACAGAUCUGGAGAUCUUAAGGAUGCUCAGAAAUCUAUUCCUACUGGAACUAUUUUGGCUAUUGCAACUACAUCUUUUAUUUAUCUCUCCUGCAUAGUACUCUUUGGUGCCUGUAUAGAAGGUGUGAUACUAAGAGACAAGUUUGGAGAAGCAGUUAAUGGAAACCUAGUGGUUGGUACGCUGGCCUGGCCUUCUCCGUGGGUGAUUGUGAUCGGCUCGUUCUUCUCCACAUGCGGUGCUGGUCUCCAGAGCCUCACGGGCGCGCCCCGCCUCUUGCAGGCCAUUGCGCGGGAUGGCAUCGUACCGUUUAUUCAAGUAUUUGGUCAUGGAAAAGCAAAUGGAGAGCCAACGUGGGCUCUACUCCUCACUGCUGGUAUCUGUGAGAUAGGAAUUCUGAUAGCCUCUUUGGACAGUGUAGCACCAAUUCUUUCAAUGUUUUUCCUUAUGUGCUAUAUGUUUGUAAAUCUGGCUUGUGCAGUGCAGACUCUCCUACGGACUCCCAACUGGAGACCUCGUUUCAAGUAUUACCAUUGGACUCUUUCAUUCCUGGGGAUGAGUUUAUGUCUUGCCUUGAUGUUCAUUUGCUCUUGGUACUAUGCUUUGGUUGCCAUGCUGAUCGCAGGAUGUAUUUACAAAUACAUAGAAUAUAGAGGAGCGGAAAAAGAAUGGGGUGAUGGGAUCCGAGGCCUGUCUUUGAAUGCCGCUCGCUACGCUUUGCUUCGCGUUGAGGAUGGCCCUCCUCACACCAAGAACUGGAGACCUCAAGUCUUGGUCUUGUUAAAUCUGGAUUCUGAACAGUUAGUAAAGCAUCCUCGACUGCUUUCUUUCACCUCUCAAUUGAAGGCUGGUAAAGGGCUGACUAUUGUGGGAUCUGUUCUUCAGGGAAUCUACUUGGAUAAAUGUGUGGAAACUCAGAAAGCUGAAGAGAAUGUUAAAGCUUUAAUGGGAAUAGAAAAAACAAAAGGAUUUUGCCAGAUUGUGGUUUCUCCAAGUUGCAGAGAUGGAAUAUCCCAUUUGAUUCAGUCGGCUGGCCUAGGGGGGAUGAAGCACAAUACAGUCCUGAUGGCAUGGCCACAGUCGUGGAAGCAGACAGAAAACUAUUUCUCUUGGAAGAACUUUGUUGACACUGUACGAGAAACAACAGCAGCUCAGCAAGCUCUGUUGGUUGCUAAAAACAUUGACUUGUUUCCAACAAAUCAAGAACGUUUCACUGAUGGAAACAUCGAUGUGUGGUGGAUUGUUCAUGAUGGUGGCAUGCUGAUGUUGCUGCCUUUUCUUCUUCGACAGCACAAGGUUUGGAGGAAAUGUAAAAUGCGCAUAUUUACUGUAGCUCAAAUGGAUGAUAAUAGCAUUCAAAUGAAGAAGGAUCUACAGAUGUUCUUGUAUCACCUUCGACUGAAUGCUGAAGUGGAAGUUGUUGAAAUGUUUGAAAAUGAUAUUUCUGCAUUCACGUAUGAGAAGACACUUGUGAUGGAGCAGCGAUCUCAGAUGUUAAAGCAGAUGCAACUAUCAAAGAAUGAAAGAGAAAGAGAGAUUCAGAGCAUCACUGAUGAGUCUCGAGGCUCAAUCAGAAGGAAAAGCUACUCUAGUCCACAGUCCAUUGGCCAGGACGUACAGGCACUGCUACCUAAUGAUUAUGCAGAGGACGAGGCUCAGUUAAUCCAUGACAGAAACACUGCGUCCCACUCGGCUCCAGCUGUGAAAGCAAAUGUGGCUGCUGCUGCCCCAGAAAAAGUGCAAAUGACUUGGACUAAAGAAAAGUUUGUAGCUGAAAAACAUAAAAACAAAGAAACAAAUCUGUCCGGUUAUAAAGAUAUUUUCAACAUGAAGCCAGAAUGGGGAAAUCUGAAUCAGUCAAAUGUGAGAAGAAUGCACACUGCUGUGAAGCUCAAUGGAGUCGUCCUUAAUAAAUCACAGCAUGCACAGCUAGUUCUCCUGAAUAUGCCUGGACCUCCUAAAAACAGAAAAGGAGAUGAAAACUACAUGGAGUUCUUGGAAGUUCUGACAGAAGGUUUGGACAGAGUUCUCCUAGUCCGAGGCAGUGGACGUGAAGUGAUCACCAUUUAUUCUUAACCUUUUUGUUUUCUUUUUUGUUCUGUUUUUUAACUGAAUGUGCAAAGUUAUUUGCCAUAAUUUGAGCAACUUCACAAAGAGUUCUAGUGCAUUGAAAAUGAUCUGCGACCUGAAUCUUCUGAUGAGGUGUUUUGUUUUUUUUCUA